AUGAACAACCCCACAGGAAGCCCAGGUGAGAAACAAGGCAAAGGCUUGCGGAGGCGCCAAGAAACUACGGAGGCAAACGCAUAUGCACCCAGAAUGGCGCCUCUCGUGAAAGGUGGGCUCCAUCGUGGAGCCGAGACUACUACAUGUACUGUUGGAGCUGAGCACGUCAAUAAUAUCGACACGGAACAAAUACAACAAGACCCUGUUGAUGAAACAUACGAAGAAGAGCAGCAGCAACAAGGUCUGCGAGAGGAAGGCGUUGAAGCACCUGCCGUAAUUACCCAGAGCAACCCAGACCCUACCCCUAAUGAUCCAAGUCAGCAGGCGGUUGCUGCCUGCACUGUGGCCGACGGCACUGAUCUUGAAGGCCAACGUGAAGUUGUCAUUGCUGCCCCGUUGAAGCAAUCCAGGUUCUGGAGGACUUUGUCUAUACUGACGCUGCUGCUUGCCAUUGUGAUAGCGGUUGUUUUGGCCAUUGUCUUCACCAGGGAUGACGACCAGCCCAGUGGUGCCUUUUCAGGGCAGCAAUUCACACAAGUUUUGUCCGCAUCAUCGCCGUCCAUGGCACCAUCAAAUGCUCCAUCAAAUGCACCUUCCUUGGCACCAACAAACUCUCCAAUCCCAUCUGUGGCGCCAUCAGAGGUGCCUACUGGAAGUCCAUCGGCAGACUUCUGUGACUUUGGCUUCAACAUCUCAUGUGUGGAACUCCUUUCUCGUGACCCUUGCGAGACUUUUCGCCCUCCUCUGCCUCCAAUUGAAGACUGCGAGUUUGACCCAAUUGAAGUCACACUUUUGUUUAAUGCAAGUGAUUGCAUCAGUGGCACCUAUACGACGGCUCAAUUUUCAUGCGAGGACUUCAAUGGCGGACCCACCCAAUCGGAACCGGCUUUUAUACAUGUCACAUCUGUGCGGAACACCAGCGUUGUUUACUUUGCAGGCAUGGUUGCCCCAAACGCUACGUUUUCGCUGACACAUCCACAGUUGGAGCUAAUAUCAGACACUCUGAACGUUUCAAUUUACUCCGCCAGCGAUGAUGAUUCAGAUGGCAGCCUGUUGCAGGAAUCCAUAUUCGAAUUCAACUGCACCGCCAACACCUUUUUGUUCAAUAGAUUUGGUGCUUUGCAGUUUGUUGGCUUCAAGAGCAUCGAGCAAGGAAUUGUUUCGCCGUUAACUGACGUUCCCAAACUGGUGUACGACUUUUUGUUUCAGCUGCAUGUGACCAACGUUGGGGUAACACCCGCAAUCAUAACUUCGCUGGUGCUAUCAAGCAAUCGUGACCCGUUUUCCCUCGACUUCACCAGUUUGGUGACAUCAAACAGCGCCAAAGGACUCCUGAAUCCUGGUGAACCUGUCCCGGUUGACUUCAUUGUUCCUGCUGUUGAAAUAGUACCCGCGCAAAAAUUGGAUUUCUUGCCAGCUGGCGUGGGCAUUUCCGAGGGCAACACUGUUUGUGGUUCUACGGGCAUACUCUCUGUCACCAUCGGGAGCAAUUUCGACGAGACGGACGCACCUGAUGAAACCGUGGAUGAAGAAACCGACGGUGAUGGAAGCUCCGUCACAGCUCCUUUAUGUGAUAUCACGGCAACUAUUAGUUGUGCCGGGACAACCCCGAUUGGCGCCUACGACUGUAGUAGGCUUUUGACAUGCCCUCAUCCCUUCCCAUCAGUUCUGAACCUGACAUUUUCGUCAGAGAACUGUGAUGGCGCAGCAGACUGUGUGGACUUUUUCCGUGGUGCAGCCGGUAUGGACCAAGCAAUUGUAAUCAUACAAGCGCAGGACAGCUUAUUGCUAGAGCAAAGUGUCACAAAUGGUGAAAGAAUCAUGCUCCGCUCUGGCGUUGGAUUGGGGCCCUACAUCAACAUUACAGUUUUGGAUGACAAACGCACCAGACCUCUCCAGACGCUCCAGCUCAGUACAUGUCCAACCGACGCAUUAUUUGCAGAAGGCACUCGACAUGGGGCCUUCACGAUCAAUUCGGUGACAGAAUCUGUUGCAAGCAGGCCACUUGCAGCAAUCAAGAUGCAAGCUCACAUCCAAAAUGUUGGUGUCGCCAAAGCAAAAUUGACGAAGGCAACAGCAAUCACUCCGACAGGAGACAGAAACUUAUUUCAGUACCCAUACACAAGUAGGUCGGUUGGACCAGGAGACGGCAUUGUCGUUGAUUUGUCUAUUGAACGUGUGGAUGAUUGGCUUUCUAAAUACACGAGUGGAAAUCUUUGGGAGUGGUCGGUUUUGGUAUCUGGUGAGUCGGAAGAUGGACAACCUUGUCGAGCGAACGACACCAUCCUAGUCUAG